AUGAUUGAUUAUGCGGUCUAUAUAGCUGUCUAUAAAAGCGGCAUGUGGAAGGAGGCAGUUGCUGGCGCGUUUGUUGUUGCAUCAGCGCUGCCAUCAAUGGUCGAUGCUAGUCGUGCGGCGGAGAUAUUCUCGCUCCUCGAAAAUGGGGAACUUCAAGUCGAGGAUAUACAGUUUCCCGAUGCGGGAGUAAUUCGGAACGGGAAUGGAGAAAAUUUAAUUAUGGUAGCAGCGCGUGUUGGUCAGCCGGAAAUUGUUAGCUACUUACUACCGACUUGUUCUGAUAUCGAUGAUACGGAUAGCGAUGGGUGGACUGCUUUGCUGAACGCAGCACAUAUGGGUUAUUUUGACAUUGUUUCUGCCUUACUUCACGCCGGUGCCGCGGUUGAUUUUCCAGAUUUGAUGGGUUGGAGUCCCCUGAUGUGGGCCGUUUAUAAGAACCAUUUGGACUGCGUUGAGGUUCUACUAUCUCACAAAGCGCACGUUAAUAUAAUUGAUGAAGAAGACGGGUUAACGCCGUUGAUUAUAGCUUGCGCGAGAGGUUUUUCAGAAAUUGUCAAGCAAUUACUACAGCACGGAGCACAGGUAAAUUCUUGCGAUAAAUUUGGUAGUACUGCAUUAAUUUGGGCCGCUCGUAAAGGUUAUGUUAGUAUAGUCGAGAUGCUACUAAAUGCAGGAGCGGAAAUCGAUGCUAUAGGAAUGUAUUCCUCUACCGCCUUGAUUCUGGCAACCCGAGGCAAUUAUGUUAACAUCGUAGAAUUACUUCUUGCAAGAGAGCCGAACGUAAACGUUACUGAACAGAAUGGGAUGUCUGCGUUGGCUAUCGCUGCGCGAGAAGGUUAUGCUGAGAUUGUCGAAAUGCUUAUUUUUGCCGGGGCGUACGUUAAUGUUAUCGAUAAGUUUGGUAAUUCGAUUCUGGCCGGAGCGGUGCGAUCUGGAAAUUUAAAUCUUGUGCGAAUGCUCUUGGACAAGCAUGCAGAUGUAAAUGUUAAGGACCAGGAAAGUCGAACUCCUUUGCACUUAGCUAUCGACAAGUCUUAUACCGAUAUGGUCUUGGCUAUAUUAGAGAAGAAACCCAACUUGGAAUUAAAAAACAAGGAUGGAGACACGGCUUUACUGCGAGCAGUGAAAAACAGGAAUGUUGCACUUUGUCAGCUGUUGGUUAGUGCAGGAGCCAAGAUUUCUGCGACUGAUAACGCUGGCGAUAAUCCGCUCCAUCUCGCUUUGAAAGCUAGAUCACGCAGGAUGACUCAAAGUCUUCUUUCUAACCCUUCAGAUUCUCGGCUUUUAUAUAGACCGAACCGAAAUGGUCAAACUCCGUACUUCAUCGACCAGUGUUAUCCUCAGCCGCUUCUACCACUAAUAUUUGGUCCUGUUGAGUCUGAUGGUCAGGGAGAUGCAAUGCUUGGGUUCAAUAUAUACAGUAAUGUUCUGGCGGAUAUUGCUUGUGAACCCAGUCUGACGAUGCCGUUGACAGUAGGUCUCUAUGCGAAGUGGGGUUCUGGAAAGUCAAUACUUCUUGGGAAGUUAAAGGAUUCUAUGUCUGCGUUUUCUAGAAGCUGGCUGGAUGGUGUACAGCUUUCUUGGUCUUGGUCACUUGUAUUUUCCUUGGCAGUGGUUAUUGCUGUGUUAACACUGACAUGUGUAUCUGCUGUUGCAGUACUUAGAGAACUUCGUUGGGUUAUUCUUGUCGCAUCGUUAGGCGGGGUUCUCUUCCUUGGAUUAAUUGCAGUAUACGGUAUGCUUAUGUUAGCAAUCGUUUAUUAUGGUAGUGAAGUGAAAGCAUGGAAUAGAUCAGUAUCAACCGGCAGAAACAUCGCUAAGAUUUUGGCAAAGAUCCGGUUAUUUUUAAGUGUCGUUCUUCUUGAAGCACCUGCUCGUUCUGAGAAAGACCUACUUAUGCUUCCAGUCAGCUUUUUGUUUGCCGACUAUCAUCGUUUAUCGUCAAUUGGUGGUGAACACGCUAUCGCCAAAAUCAUCACGACUCUAUUUGAAGCAGCAGAAAAUUAUUUUGGAAGUUUUACAGUACGCGUGGCAUGCGCACUCAAAACUCCCAUUUCCCGUCGGACUCGUUCUCGUUACCUUUAUAGUGCUCUAUCAUUUCUCAGCUUUUGUGUGUUAUUCUCUGUUUACCCCGUCUACAUCUUCAUCUUCUAUGGAUUUUUUAAUACUUCAAAGAAAAGAGUUGAUUUUGCCAUUAGAAGAGUGAACGAAUUGCGAUUUGAAGGCUUUUUGCAGAAAUUGCAACAUGAGGUGAAUGUUAUUACGGAAACAGUUAGUGCUUUGGACGCCUUCACUUGCAGUCAAACGAGGCUAGUUAUUUUUGUAGACGGGCUUGACAACUGCGAACAGGAAAGGAUGGUACAGACUUUGGACGCAUUGGAGCUUCUGUUCACUACUCGUGCGAAUCGUCCGUUCAUUGUUACAAUCGCUGUAGAUCCUCACAUUAUAAUCUCUGCUAUUACUAACAACUUACAUACUGCAUUAGCGGGAACAGAACUAACUGGUCACGACUAUUUGAAGAAAACUGUUCGCUUUGAAGCUCCUGAUUUUUUUCAGAAUAUUGUAAAUAUGCCAUUCUAUCUUCACAAUUCAGCUUUACGGCAGCUGCAGGCCAAUUUACGUGAGAAACGGGAAAGUUUAGGCGCCUGGAAAGCACGCUUCCAACGUCAAGAUACCUUCCAUGGCUCUUUUAUAUCACUAAAAGAAGGCGAUGCCAAAGCUGGAAGGAGAGGCGCCGCUCUUGUCGGCACAAAAGGACUGAGUCAAUCACUAAUGACAGAUGAUUAUUUUUCAAACAUGAAUCCACGUGCUAUGAAAAGGAUUGUUAAUGCGCUUACUCUUACGGGCAGGUUAAUGAGAGCGUUUGAAAUUGAGUUUUCUUGGGUAAUGUUGGGUUACUGGGUCAGUCUGAUCGAACAGUGGCCUUCCAGGAUGUGCUGGUUGAUUGAUCGUGCAGGCGAUAUCUCGCAGGAACAUUUAUCACUUGCACAGGUCUAUCACCAGCUCAAAGACAAGAUUCCAAAGAAAGAUCCUCUUAUUGAUUUGGAUCGUAACCCUGAUAACUUUGAGCCCUUUUUGGAGCAAGCAUCACUACCUGGGCCAGAUCAACUUACAGUGGGACAUGUCCGUCGUUUUCUUCCAUGCACUUCAAAUCUUGAUCCUUACCUGAGAAAGUUGAUUAGAGAAAGACGUUUGGAGGUUGAAGGUCCAUUAAUUUCGGAUGAAGAAGCCAUUUCUUUCAGUCAUACCCCUAAAAGUGGUCCAUUAAAAUACAUUUUUAAGGAUGAGAACGUGUGGGAGACGAUCAGACAACCCUUAAUAGAAAUGAGGAUUGAUGAAGUAAUCAGACUGGUGAAACUUUUGGACAUUUCGGCUGAUAGACUGGAAAUGAUUGUUCAGAAGAUUCGGACGUUAAAUCUUAAUGGACUUGUGCUUGCAACCUGCGAUUUUAGCGAAUUGCAGCAAACAGUGAAACUGACUCUAGGCGACUGGACGUUGUUCAAGAUAUUAGUUGAAGGUUUGAGAAGCUGGAAACCUCCAAAGAUCGAAAACUCCCAUUUGCCCUCUUCGGUCGUAGCUCGCACGACGUCACUAGCUUCAAUCCAAGAGAAGGAUAAUUUGAUCCCAGUGUCUGAAUUGGAAGCUGACCAUAAGUGGUUAAUGGAUAGCCUCUCUGGUAUGGAUAACAUAGAAACUGAAGGUGACAUAGAGGCUUUUUCUGGCUCUCAAUCUGUUCACUUUGAUGACAAUGGAAUAGCUACCGACGCAGACAGCACAGAAAGUAUGUGUGGCUCCAGAGAAAAUCUUCUUGAAUCGCCGUCCACGAACCUCCUACAGACUCAAUUAUCACCACGCUCCCGAAUGAACAGGCAUUCAAAGUCAGUUGAUGAAAGGAAAAGAUACACGAGGGAAGAAAUGAUGCGAAAAAUGAGGACGGAUUCCAUACAUUCUGGUAAAAGUGGGAAAAGCAAUGGUGCUUUAAGUAGGAGCAGCCAUGGAACUGGUAUGACAGACAGCGAUGACAAUCAACUUACCGUAAGGAAGCGUACUUCAACAGAUGAAAAACUUUUGGCUAUGGAGAUAUUUGACAAGAAUCCUGUUUAA